GAUCGACUUGAAAGCAUGGCGAUGGAAGCGGAGGCGAAGGACAUGCUCGGCGACUGGCUCGUGCGCACCCUGGAGCCGCUGUGCGACGCCGACCCCGCGGUGCUCUCCAAGUACGUGCUCGCGCUCGUCCAAAACAACCCGGAAAAGGACGGCCUUCGCGAGACGUGCUUGGCCAAGCUCGACGAAUUCCUUGGCGACGAGACGGUCGGGUUCGUCGACCGGCUCUUUACCUCGCUCCGGUCCAAGUCGUAUCUUCAGAAGCCGACGCCCGCGGCUGCAGCGCCCUUGCCGCCCGCCGACCAAGAUCGCGCGGCCCGGCCACGCGACGGCGAGGAAGAGCUCGACGACCGCCGCGCCAAGCGCACACGCCGGUCGCGCUCGCGGUCCCGUGAUCGCGAUGCGCGCGACCGCAAGCCCCGUGGCGAGUACGGCGGGCGCUACGAGCCGCCGCACGACGGCCACCGCGACAUGAUGGGACCUCCCGGCGGUCGGGGCGGGCCCAUGCCGCCGCGCGGGCGUCGCUUCGACAACUGGAACAACAUGCCGCCGCACAUGGCGCCGCAGCAGCCGUGGGGCAUGUACCCUCCGCGCCAACAAAUGGGCUACCCGCCCCAUCCGAUGGAGUACGACGGCUUCCACGGCGAUCAAAACAACCAGUACAACAACAACGGUCGUCGCAAGGACAACAGUAGCAAGGAGAAGCCCGACCACGAAGCCGCGACGCUCCGCGUCGACAACGUCGACCCCAAGUACAUCAACGUCACGAAGCUCUGCGCGCACUUUGGCAAGUUUGGCAACGUGGUCAAUGUCCAGAUGCGCCCGCAGUUUCGGUGCGCCUUUGUGCAGUUUGCGACACCCGAAAUGGCCAAGCGCGCGUUCCACUCGCCCGUCCCCGUCUGCAACAACCGGUUUAUCCACGUGCAUUUCGCCAAGCACGCGCCCAAAGACCUCGGCGACAUCCCGCCCGAGAACGCCGACCCCGAGGCGCGGCGGCAAGAGGUCCUCGAGCAGGGCAAGAAGGUCCUCGAGGAGAAGCGCCAGCUCUUGGAGCAGGACAAGGCGCUUCAGGCCCAGCGCGAAACGCUCAUCCAGAACCAGCUCACGCAGUACGAGCUUCUCGUGUCGACGCUCGCGGCGAAGAACAUGCUGCCGGAUGCCGAGCGUGCCAAGAUGGAUGCCAAGAUCGCCGACCUCAAGGCGCAACUCGCCAACCUGCAGAACCCGCCUCUGCAACGGCUCCAGCAAGAGCUCCAGGCGCUCGAGCAGCAAGAAAAGUCGCUCGGCACCAAGCCGCAGUGGAAGAAGCGCGUGAUCGACAACCGGACGCGCUGGGUGCAGCUUACGACGCUGCCCGAAGCCGCGCGCGACAAGAGCGUGCUCGAGCAGCACUUUAGCCCGUACGGCGCGAUCGAAGCUGUGGUCGUCGAGGGCGAGACGGCGUUUGUGCAGUUCCAGGAGCGCUUUGCCGGCGAAAAGGCCAUGAAGUUUGGACAGACGUACUUGAAUACAGCGCUGACGAUGGCGUGGAGCGAGCAAGGCCCGGCGCCGACCGAGUCGAGCUCUGCGUAGACACAGCACACUACUUAUAGUAAUACAGCGAGGAGACCUUUGAAUACCA